GUGUUACAUAAUGAAGACAAUGCUGAGCAGCUUCAGUCUUGCCACAGAUUGCACACUGCUAUUCUGGUAUACGUACCAAAUAUCUAUAGAAUUUGUAUUUUCUUAAUUGUAUGUAUAAUGCAAACCAAUUGACCAAGUUUUUUUCUCAGAUUUGGAUGGUUAACUAUAAAUAGCCUGACUUUUAAAUAUGUCAAACUCUGCAGCUUCUGUUGACCUUAAUGGGAUCUGUGCAUGUUCAGCACUCUUGAACAUCAAGCUGCUUAUUAGAGACCUAACACUGAAUGCCUGUACGUAUAAAUAAAAGUAGGUAAUAAGGCAUUUGAAUUACUGAGGAGUGAUAUUUUCGCCAUCUGUGUGGGAGUUUUUUAAUUUAAUAUCUACAAGAUAACAGUACUUCUGCAUUUCAGAAAAAGUAAUAUUUGCAAUAAAUUUAGCUAUGAGAUGGUUGUAAUCUAAAGGGAAUUUUGUGUUCCAACAGGAGUUGAGGAUGACAGACAGUUGUCUUUUAUGAAAUUCAGCAUAACUCUAGAUGUAUACUGACCUCGUGAAGCAAUUUAAAUAGAUUAAUAAUAAAUGUUGUGUAAUUUAAUUUUUCCUGCUUUUCACAUGUCACAUGAAAAUAACACUGUUCAUCCCUGUGUUUCUAUUUGCUACUGCAGAUCACAAGCAUCUGGUAAAGUAAUAAGUGGAGAGGAACAUUUUUCAAGCAAAAAGUGCCUGGCUUGGUUUUAUGAAUAUGCAGGUCCCGAUGAAGUUGUAGGCCCUGAAGGAAUGGAGAAAUUCUGUGAAGACAUCGGUGUUGAACCUGAAAAUAUUAUUAUGUUAGUUUUAGCCUGGAAACUAGAGGCUGAAAGCAUGGGAUUUUUCACAAAGGAAGAAUGGUUGAAAGGAAUGACCUCAUUACAGUGUGACUGUACAGAAAAAUUACAGAGUAAAUUUGACUUCUUACGGUCACAGUUGAAUGACAUUUCAUCCUUUAAGAAUAUCUACAGAUACGCCUUUGAUUUUGCAAGGGAAAAAGACCAGCGAAGUCUUGAUAUUGAUACUGCAAAGUCCAUGUUAGCUCUUCUGCUCGGAAGAACUUGGCCACUGUUUUCAGUAUUUUAUCAAUACCUGGAGCAAUCGAAGUAUAGAGUUAUGAACAAGGAUCAGUGGUACAAUGUACUAGAGUUCAGCAGGACUGUCCAUGCAGAUCUUAGCAACUAUGAUGAAGAUGGUGCAUGGCCCGUACUUCUGGAUGAAUUUGUUGAAUGGCAGAAAGUUCGUCAAGCGUCAUAGCAAGAAUUUAAAGGAAAAUGCAAAAUUUUUUUUUGGUGCCCGCCUGUACACAAAGUAAUGAGAAAAACAAAGGAUUGCAUUUUCAUUCAUGAGAAAGACUUUACAGUAAUUUUUUUUUUCCUUUUUUAAGGAGACUUUCUUGUUACAUGUGAUAUGGGCAUUGAACCACACCUCUUCUGAGACUGAAAGUUGGAGUUCUUGUUUUGAGUCUUAUGUUUAUAGCAUUUAUUUCAGAACAAUAAAGAUUCAGAUUUGUGACAAAGGCCUAAAAGUGAAGGAUGUCCCUUGAA